CGCCCCCGCCCGCUCUGCCCUUCCGCCUUGGCGCGGCGCUGCCCGGGCCCCGGUAUAAAGCGGCGGCCGCCGCCCGGCCCGCUCCGGCCCCAUGGAGGCGCAGCGGCGGCCCGUCGGCGGCAGGCCGGUCCGUGGCGUGAGCGGAGGCCGGCAGUCCCCCGCGGGGAGCCAUGAGCGCGGGCAGCGUCUUCUCCGUCCCGGGCUGGCCUGAGGCGCUGCCGGCCGCCAGGCCGCCGGCGCCCCGGCUCGGAGAGAGGAUGAGCGCCAGAGAGCCGUGCGAGAGCCGCUGCCUCGGCCCGGGCGGCCUGCCCGGCGCGGAGCCGCCCGAGGAGGCGGGGAGCCCCGGGCGGGAGCCCUGCGACGGCGCCGAGAUGCAGCUGAAGGUGGACUUCUUCCGCAAGCUGGGCUACUCCUCGGAGGAGAUCCACGUCGUGCUGCAGAAGCUGGGCCUGAACGCCGACACCAACACGGUGCUGGGGGAGCUGGUGAAGCACGGCCCGGCCGAGCGGGAGAGCGCCGAGGCCCCGCCGGAGGCCAAGGAGGCCCCGCUGGUGCCGCGGGGGGGGGCCGCCAACAAGACCCCCGCGCCGGCCCCGGAGGAGACGGAGAGCGAGAACCUGAAGCCCAUCGUUAUCGAUGGCAGCAACGUGGCCAUGAGCCAUGGAAAUAAAGAAGUGUUCUCCUGCCGAGGCAUCCUUCUGGCUGUCCAGUGGUUUUGGGACAGGGGACACAAGGAUAUUACAGUCUUUGUGCCAUCUUGGAGGAAGGAGCAGCCACGACCAGAUGUACUUAUAACAGACCAGUACAUUCUCCGUGACCUUGAAAAGAAGAAAAUUCUGGUCUUCACUCCUUCCAGGCGGGUUGGAGGCAAGCGUGUUGUCUGUUAUGAUGAUCGAUUCAUUGUGAAACUGGCACAUGAGUCUGAUGGCAUUGUGGUUUCUAACGAUACUUAUCGGGACCUGCAGAACGAGCGUCCUGAGUGGAAGAAAUUCAUUGAGGAGAGUCUGCUGAUGUAUUCCUUUGUUAAUGACAAGUUUAUGCCUCCAGAUGAUCCCUUAGGGCGACAUGGCCCCAGCCUGGAUAACUUUCUCAGAAAGAAACCUGUGGUGCCAGAACACAAGAAACAACAGUGCCCCUAUGGGAAGAAAUGCACUUAUGGAAUCAAGUGUAAAUUCUACCACCCUGAAAGGAUCAAUCAGCCCCAGCGCUCAUUAGCUGAUGAACUCCGAGCCAAUGCAAGGUUGUCUCCUACCAGAAGUACCAGUGCCAAGGAGGAGAAAAAGGGCAAAAGAGGUUCCCAGGCAGACCUCUUGUGCUCUGUGCCCACAGAGAGUGAUAAAAGCUCUUUGCAGAAGGUCUCUGCAGAGAGGAAAAGCUUGACCCACAAAGCAAAGCCCAGCGAUGUUUCGCUUCAGGUCAAAGGCUGUGUGUCAGGCAGCAUCCCCCCUAACAGUGGGAGCCACAGGUCUUCUGACAGGUACCAGCAGCCUCAUAUGGACUCUCUGUCUUAUAUCUCUCAGGAGCAUCUUGACUCAGGCAUUGGGUCUCUGGAGAACCAACUGUCUGACAUGUGGCCUUACAGAUCUACCAGUCACUGUGAUCAUUCCCAUGCUGAUCAGGUGGCAGUCUGCACCUGUGGUAGGCAGAGACCUGUCUACCCACAUUCUCCCAGCUUAGAGAAAAAUGGUCUGGUCUCUUACAAGCACGGUUCCCAUAAAUCUUCCUCCUCUGGUGCUAGCUUCUUGCAGUAUAGCCCUGAGAUAGCUCACUCAGGGCCACCUCACUCUUUCUCAGGCUAUGGAGUACCUGUACACCCAGCUAAUGCUGGGCAAUACAGCCUGCCCAAUGAGUAUAAUGCCCCUCCACCCCAUUCUCGGGAGUACUGGUCCGAACCAUACCAGAUGCCGCCACCUCAAGUGAUAUCUACCAGUGUGCGAGAUCCUCGUUCAGUACAGAGAGCCCCAGGGCCAGCGUAUGGGGACUCCUGCCAGUGGGCUGUCUCUGACCAGUUUGCGGAGGAGCGGGCCAAUGUGCAUGUCAAGCUGUGUGGCAUAUUCCAUCCCCAUUUAGUUGAUGCUGUGAUGAGCCGUUUCCCUCGGCUUCUGGAUCCCCAAAGGCUAGCUGCAGAGAUACUGACGUACAAGUCUCAGAACCCAGGUAUAUGAGGCAGAAGCUGAGGGCAGCCAGGCACGUGAAAAGCUUGAGAGGCAGUGUUUGCACUCUGUAGCUGCUGUAGAUGCCUUCUGAGGGCUCCUCCUUUUUCCUUGGAAAUACCAGGCUCCAGUUGGAGGCUGGAUACCAGAUGUGGUAUGCUCACAGCAAAUUCUGGUCUAGACGUGACAGUGUGCCCCUCUUAGAGAGGUGAGAGCACCCUAGGGUCCCAUCUUCCCCAGAGGCUGUUGAAGAGGCUCUGGGUGCUGAACAGGAGAAGAGGCUGCAGCUUCAGAGCAGGAUUUUUCCUUUGGGAUUGUAUGGUGAGUCAGACACACCCUAAAUUCCUACAGUUGUUCAGAACUGAAUGUGACCUUACUCCUCCCAUUAGCUUCAGUUUUGAGAUGGCUUAGUGUAUUAUCAGGCAUAUGGAGGGAGGACUCCUGGGGCGGGGGGGGGGGGGGGGCUUGUGAAAGAUAAGGGGGUACUACCUUUGCAGUGGCGUGAGGCUUUUUUGUGAAGACUGAAAUGCAUUGUCAAGGCUGUUCUUAGCUGUUAACUGAGCCUCUUUAGUAAAUACUGCCAUGCAGACCUGUGGAAAAUGUUGGAUUAUAAAUAUAGUAUGAUGCUGGGUUUAGCUGACUUUAAUUUGGUUUUAUUGGUGCACUUCUUUCAUGAUGCUUCCCAUACCCCUCCCACUUAAGGUUACCUUCCUGAGAUGAGGUCAUUCUCCAAUAUGUAGCACAAGUGCUUAGCAAGCUGCUCAGCUCCCAGAAAUAAGAGGAGCUAGGAGUGCAAUCCUUUCUCAGGAUGAGAGGCCUGACACUGCUCCAAAGCUACAUGCAAGUUGUGUGUUUGGCAUUUGCUGAAAAAUGCAGUUGUCAGAACAUGUGGAUGACCACACUGUUGAUGCUGCUCUAAAACAUUGACCUUGCCUGGUAACCUGUCUUAGGCUAUCUCUGUACAACACUGACAAGGAGGAUUUAUGAUGUUGUGCCUUUUGUUUUCAGACAGCAAUAGUUUUGAGCAUUCAGUAAAACAGCUGUAGUCAUGUCUGGACUGCUGCCAGUACUGUUCCUGAGGAUUCCUUAGUAUUUUUCUCUGUAAAGCUGUUGCUUCAUCUUCUUACUAACGUUUUCCUGUCCCCUUCAGCUUUGUCAAUCUAUAGCAGCAUCCAAAAAUGUAGAGUAAGACUUAUUUGGUAAGACUGUUCCCCUUUCAUUCCCUCUUACUCUGUAAGAUGUUUUUUACUGUAGAUACUGUAACAAUUUUAAAUAUGCAAACCCAAUUGCUGUAGUAAUUGGUUCUGGUCCUGGAAUUUCACUGUGCUUAGAAUGCAAAGAUGUUUCUUGCACUUGCAGGCCAGAAGCAGUUGAUUUGUUGAUACACAUUGUAUCUGUGUUUUCUGUUAUGUUUUUUAAAUACGUCCAUCUUGUGGUUAAACCAAGGUUGUUGAGUGGCAAACUAUGAAGGGGAGAGUGGAAUACAGCUGUUUCUGAGAACCCUCUUCAGGAAUGGUUUUGUCUAUUACUGUUCUUCCCUCUGACUGUCCAAGGAGUGACCUACCCAGACUGGCACCAUGUGCCAUAAAAACCACAGGGACACAGAAACCUGUAUACCUGGUUAAUUAUGAUACAUUACAAAUUAGUAAUGUUUCAUGUUAGUAAGCAAAAUGCUUCUUAAUUUUAAGUAACCUGAUACUUUGCAUAUUUGUAAAUUACAGGAAAAAUGGUUUUUAAUGUUAUUGUCCAGCAACUUGCUGCUUGAUGCUGUUUUUAAUUAGUACUAGUCUCGACUCAGCCAUUGCGUUACUUGGCAUCGUGGUUUUUGUUUUUCUGGUGGAAUGCUGAUAUAUGCUUCUUCUCUUGCAAUCAGAAGAUUAACAUUUUAUACUCACAAGCUGACAUUUUACUGAACUUCCUGUAUCAUUAUGCAGUAUAUAGUUUAUGUACUGAAUGGAGGCAGCCAUGUGAAAGCCAUGGCAAAGUAAGAACUUGUGUUAUAUGAAUAAAAACUGCUGAGUUGA